UAUCUCAUAUUCUCGUUCUCUCUCUCUCUCUCUUUUUCAAUACCAUGGGCUCUCUAGAGAAGCCCUCCUCCUCCCCUCUCCUAACACCCUCCACUACUGUAAACCACGGCCACGGCUACGGCCACGACCAUGACCACGAUCAAUUACCGCCGUCCACGUCGGCUACAACGCACGGCGUGGACGCGCGGCUGGAGAGCAUCCUCACCGACGCGUCGCUGCCGUGCAGGCGGCGCGCGUGGUGUGCGUUGGGGAUCGAGCUGCGGCUCCUGCUGGCACUCGCGGCGCCUGCGGUGGCCGCGUACAUGAUAAACUACGUCAUGUCGAUGUCGACGCAGAUCUUCUCCGGCCACCUCGGCAACCUCGAGCUCGCCGCCGCCUCCCUCGGCAACUCCGGCAUACAGAUCUUCGCCUUCGGCCUCAUGCUAGGAAUGGGCUCCGCAGUGGAGACUCUAUGCGGACAGGCGUACGGGGCGCACAAAUACGAGAUGCUCGGAAUAUACCUCCAACGGUCAACGGUCCUCCUAACCGCCACCGGGAUUCCACUCGCCGUAGUCUACGCCUUUUCCCGCCCGAUUUUAGUCCUCCUCGGCGAGUCCCCCGAGAUCGCCGAGGCCGCAUCCAUUUUCGUAUACGGACUCAUCCCCCAGAUAUUCGCGUACGCCACGAACUUCCCCAUACAAAAGUUUCUGCAGGCGCAGAGCAUCGUCGCGCCGAGCGCGUACAUUAGCGCGGCCACGCUUAUCGUGCACCUGCUGCUGAGUUGGGUGGUGGUGUACAAAGUGGGGUUGGGCCUUUUGGGGGCCUCGUUGGUGCUGAGCCUGAGCUGGUGGAUCAUAGUGGGGGCCCAGUUCGUUUACAUCGUGACGAGCCCGCGGUGCCGGCUCAGCUGGACCGGGUUCUCGUGGCAGGCGUUCACCGGCCUGCUCGAGUUCCUGAAGCUGUCGACCGCGUCGGCGGUGAUGCUCUGCUUGGAGACGUGGUACUUCCAGAUUCUAAUACUGAUAGCUGGGCUUCUCGAGAACCCGCAGUUGGCUCUCGAUGCUUUAACAGUGUGCCUAACACUUGCUGGGUGGGUCUUCAUGAUCGCUGUUGGAUUUAAUGCUGCAGCAAGUGUUCGAGUCGGCAAUGAGCUCGGGGCCGGCCAUCCAAAGGCGGCAGCAUUCUCUGUAAUCGUAGUGACUGCGCUUUCGUUCAUCAUAUCGGUCAUAUUGGCGGUUAUUAUUCUCUUAUGCCGUGACUACAUAAGCUACAUCUUCACCGAGGGCGAGACGGUGUCGCGCGCGGUCUCCGAUAUGUGCCCUUUGCUUGCCACCACCCUCAUCCUCAACGGCAUCCAGCCCGUUUUAUCCGGUGUGGCUGUGGGGUGUGGAUGGCAAACAUUCGUCGCGUACGUUAAUGUGGGAUGUUAUUACAUUGUCGGUGUUCCGCUCGGUGUUCUUCUUGGCUUCAAGUUUGGCUUAGGAGCGAAGGGCAUCUGGGGCGGGAUGCUCGGAGGCACAUUCAUGCAAACUCUCAUACUACUUUGGGUCACUUUCCGAACCGAUUGGAACAAGGAGGUAGAAGAAGCCCAAAAGAGAUUAAAUAAGUGGGAGGAUAAGAAGCGGCCUCUUCUAGCUGAUGAUCAUGAAUAGUAGAUUUAAGCAACAUUCGUCAUCGCCAAUCGUGACAUAAAUUUUACGAUGAGAUUGUUUCGCUGCCAGUUCACACGGUCGUCGUUGAUCAAUGUAGUCUACACAUUCACAUUAUUAAUGUAAGUUUAUUACUCAAACCACCCAUGAUUAUAUAUCUUUGUGAUGGGGCUAAAGCACAUGUUAAGCUCCUUUCAAUGUGAUAAAUAAUUUGGAUUAUCAAGGCGCAUAUCGCUUUGAUGUAAUUACUUGAUUUGAUGUAAUUUGUUGAAACAUGAUGCAGCUAAAGUAUUUCUCUCUUCUGAAA